CGGUCAUCGGUCGAGUUCUGCUCUGACCGCCCGUGUCCAGUGUCCACCUGGGCCGGCAAGAAGGCCCGCGUCAGAGCGGCGAGAUUCGCAUCCGUGACCGCAUGCCCACGGCCGCUCCCAGAACCCGCAAAGCUCCGACACCGAGGGGCCCCGCCCACGCGAGGCCCCGCCCCGUGACGCCACACGCACGCCGUAGCGUCAUCAGAGCGCCCCCCGCGCAUGCGCACUCCGCCAGUACGGCAAGGCGGCUGGACCCACGCGGGGCGCGCCAGGCCUUUCCGCCACACUUCAGGGCGGACGUGAGGAGCGCGGAUGGCGGAGGGAGCUGCAGAGACGUCGGCAGAGGGUGGCGGUGGUGAGGACGGAGAUUCAGGCAUCGGCGCUUCGGAACGCGGAGUGGUGCCCAUUAAGUCUCAGUUCCUCACCACCAAGGAGCGCUUCCACGAGUUCCUGGAAGCCCACCGGCAGGAGAAGCCCCGCGGGGAAACCGAGGCAGAGGCGCGCGAUGGCGGCGGGCUGGCCGAGCCUGCGGCCAAGCGGCCCCGCCUGGAGACCGGGCGGCCGGAGAACGAGGCCGCCGAGGACCCGCCGGCGCCCAAGAGAGCGCGCGGCCAGAACAAGAGCCGGCCCCACGUGAAGCCCACGCGCUACGAGCAGAGCCGCCUGUGCCCCUCCGUGAUCCAGGGGCCCCCGGCCACGUGUGUCUUCGGGGACCGGUGCCGCUUCCUGCACGACGUGCGCCGCUACCUGGAGACCAAGCCGGCCGACCUGGGCCCCCAGUGCGUGCUCUUCGACACCUUCGGCCGCUGCCCCUACGGCGUGACCUGCCGCUUCGCCAGCGCCCACCUGGGGCCCGAGGGCCAGAACCUGGUGCGGGAGGAGCUGGCGGCCCGCUGGGCGCGGGGCCCGCCCGUCCGCAACGGCCUGGACAAGGCCCUCCAGCAGCAGCUGCGCAAGCGCCAGGUCCGCUUCGAGGCGGCCGAGCGGGCCCUGCGGGGGCUGAGCCAGGCCCGCGCCGCCCCGGCGCAGGACCCCGCCGACCCCGCCGCCCCCGCUUGCCCUGUGCAGGAGCCCGCGUCCCCCGCCGAGGCUCCCGCCGCCCCCGCGUCGCCCGCGCAGGCCCCCGGUGGGGCUGGCCCGGACCCGGCCGGCAGCCCGGUGCGGACGUGCGGGCCGCUGACGGACGAGGACGUGGUCAGGCUGCGGCCCUGCGAGAAGAAGCGGCUGGACAUCCGCGGCAAGCUGUACCUGGCGCCCCUCACCACGUGCGGGAACCUGCCCUUCCGGCGGAUCUGCAAGCGCUUCGGGGCCGACGUGACGUGCGGGGAGAUGGCCGUGUGCACCAACCUCCUGCAGGGCCAGACGGCCGAGUGGGCGCUGCUGAAACGCCACGAGUGCGAGGACGUCUUCGGGGUCCAGCUCGAGGGGGCGUUCCCAGACACCAUGACCAAGUGCGCCGAGCUGCUGAACCGCACGCUGGACGUGGACUUCGUGGACAUCAACGUCGGCUGCCCCAUCGACCUCGUGUACAAGAAGGGCGGCGGCUGCGCGCUCAUGAACCGCACGGCCAAGUUCCAGCAGAUCGUGCGGGGCAUGGACCAGGUGCUGGACGUGCCGGUGACCGUGAAGAUCCGCACGGGCGUCCAGGAGCGCGUGAACCUGGCGCACCGCCUGCUGCCCGAGCUGCGGGCCUGGGGCGCGGCGCUCGUCACGCUCCACGGCCGCUCGCGGGAGCAGCGCUACACCCGGCGGGCCGACUGGGACUACAUCGCGCAGUGCGCCAGGGCCGCCAGCCCCAUGCCGCUGUUCGGCAACGGUGACAUCCUGUCGUACGAGGACGCCAACCGCGCCAUGCAGACCGGGGUGGCCGGCGUCAUGGUGGCCCGCGGCGCCCUGCUGAAGCCCUGGCUGUUCACGGAGAUCAAGGAGCAGCGGCACUGGGACAUCUCGGCCUCCGAGCGCCUGGACGUGCUGCGCGACUUCACCCGCUACGGCCUGGAGCACUGGGGCUCGGACACGCAGGGCGUGGAGAAGACGCGCCGCUUCCUGCUGGAGUGGCUGUCGUUCCUGUGCAGGUACGUGCCCGUGGGGCUGCUGGAGCGACUGCCACAGAGGAUCAACGAGUGGCCGCCCUACUACCUGGGCCGGGACCACCUGGAGACGCUCAUGGCCAGCCAGCGGGCGGCCGACUGGAUCCGCAUCAGCGAGAUGCUCCUGGGGCCGGUGCCGCCCAACUUCGUCUUCCUCCCGAAGCACAAGGCCAACGCCUACAAGUAGCCCGGCAGGAACAAUAAAGUGUAUUCUUCUA